AUGGAAGCAUCAAAUUCUACGCCCAACCAACAUGAUGACAGCGCAAGCGCAAGCGCAAAGACUCGUUGCGCCAUCAUUGGCUCAGGCUUAGCCGGCCUUGUAACAAGUUAUUUGCUACAGGGCGAUGACCGCUAUAAUGUAACAGUCUUUGAACAGGCCGAUCGUCUUUCUUUCGAUUCAGCUUCUGUCACAGUAAAGAACGAUACCACGAACGAUGCCGAACGAAUUGACCUGCCAAUGCGCGCCAGCGCUGGCGGCUAUUACCAUCACUUGAUGCGCAUGUACCAACAUCUAGAAAUACCGCUACACCCCAUCAAAUUCCUCUUUGUCUUCGCGAAAGCCACCCCGACGGCCGAUGGAACAGUCUCGCAUAAGGGCAGCGACAACGAGAGUUACUUCAUCCAUGCUUCGAAUCUUCACCAGACGCCACCGCCGUGGCCUGGCAAUCGCGGUCUAAUCGCGCACAUUACCGAAAUCCUCUACCUGAUUGUGUGCCAAUUCUGGUUCACCAUCGCCUGCUUCCUCGUCGCGCCCCUCGAUGCCACCACCUCCUCGACCGGUUACGGCGAGUCCCUCUCCGAAUACUUCGACCGAAUCCGAUUACCGAGACGAUAUAUAUCACACUACCUGCUUCCGCUGCUGAGCGGUGUGGCGACGUGCACACAUGAAGAGAUGCUCCAGUUCCCUGCGAGCGAUGUCGUAAACUACAAGAAACUCUCGCACGGACAGCAACAUUAUGCCGUUUGUGGUGGCGUCUCGCAGGUGCAGAGCAGAUUGACUAAGGGUCUGCACGAUAUUAGGCUCAAUUGCCGCGUGGUCGAAGCUGUGCCUCGACCCGAUGGAACGGUCGUGGUGCGUUGGCAGUCAACUACGGACCCUUCAGGUCGCAUCCUAGAACAAGUCUUUGAUCGUGUCGUGCUCGCCGUCUCCCCAGACGUUGCAGGCCGGAUCUUCAAGCCUUUACGAUCUACACUAGAAAGAUUUCCGACGCGCCAGGUCGAGAGCUCUGUGUUGAAGCCCGGAGCGACGGGAAUUCACGUUGUUAAGAACGACGAGGCUCGCCAGGCGUUUGCGUGCAUGCACCACACCAGAGAUCCCUCGGCAGCCCAGACAAUGACCCUACGGACCCUGUUCCCUGACACAGGCAGCCCUCACACCGAGGCACUGCACACCAUGCCCAGCGGGGUUGUAGUUAGUACUUGCCCUCUACGCGAAGCGGCGCAGCCAGAUGCAAUUAAAAAGGCCAGGUUCACAAGAACACUUCGUAGCGUGGAAAGCCAGGCCCUUGUACAAAUGCUGAUGGGAGGCACUUCGGUUAAUAAGAAACAGGCUGAUUAUGAUGAUCACAAAGCUGGUUGGGUUAAUGGACAAGAUAAUGUCUGGAUUACCGGGGCAUGGUGUUGGGACGGUAUGGUAUUGUUGGAGGGAUGUGUCACCGCAUCGAUGAGAGUGGCUUCAGACUUUGGAGUAGCGAUUCCUUGGGAGCAGUGA